AGUGCGCAAAAAGCAUUUGACACAAAUUUGCUUCGAACCGGAGAAAAGUUGUUUUAACCUGUUGCAAGGGAACUUUCCUGUUUUUUCUCUUCUUUUUACCUAAACGUGUGACUACAAGUUUUCAUUAAGCUUAAAAUUAAAGCACUUCAUUAUGUUGGGCAGGUCAAAAGCAAAUAAAUUAAAUUGCCUGACCUCAAAGCGGGCGAGUGAAUUUAACUCAAUAACAAAGUAAAUAAAAAAGCAAACAAACCAAACUGAAACCCAAGCAAACGCACACAUUCACAGAGACUAAAGUAAAUACAAAUAAGCUGUAUGGUAUACACACAGACACACGUAUACCCUGCAAAUCGUAUACACGGCCAGGCUCAAAAAGCAACAUAACGAAUAUACACAAAUUAAUCAAGUGUGCGGACAACGGCAGCGACAGCAGCACCUGCACCACCUCGACCCACCAUCAGCAGCCCAUUCAAUAGCACCACUCAGCCACACAGGACACUCAUAGACAUCAUUGCAACAACUGCAACAACAAUAACAACAACAACAUGAAUUUAAUGUUUCGCAAGAAUUUCCGCGAGGGCGCCAGCAAAGCCGGCGGCGGCGGCGGAAAACUUCAAUCGAAGGCAAAUCGCACGAAACGUUCGCGGGAUAUGGGCCUGGUGCAGCAGCCGGAGGAAAUACAUUAUCGCACCCAUCUGUUUUUCUCGCCCAAUCGACCCGGCUAUGAUGUGGGCGAAGCAUCCAUUGCAGAACGAUGUAGCGCACUAUCGGGCAUACCCAGUACCCCGACCACGUCCACGUCCUUUACACAGCCAUCCAAUCCCUAUGAAGUGGACCUACCGCAGCCGCUGGUCGAUCGGUCCGUCUCGUUGAUGCGUUGGAACGGCAGCAGCGCUGCCGGCGGCAACAGCACAAAUAACAGUCUCACCAGGCUGCAGCAACAGUUGCAGCCGCAACAACAACAACAGCAGCAGCAGCAACAGCAACAGCAGCUACAGCAGCAGCAACAACAUGCCGGCUACUUCUAUCAACAACAGCAACUGCCACAGACGCUGAGUGCGACGAGCACGCUGCUAACAGCUGCCGCAGCAGCGACGCGGCAAGGCCACUUUGGUGGGGGUGGUGGCAACGCGGGAACGACACGUGCGGAGCCCAUCUCUUUGGCUACCUUGGAUCGCGACUGUUUCAUCAUUCCGGUGCACAGCGUUGAUCGCUUUCUGCCAGCCGGCAUACCGUUACCUGCUCUGAGUGCCGAUGGCAAGGCAAGCAGCCCGCUUAGCGUUUUGGAGGUCUCCGAUCCCAAGCUGUGCAUACUUGUGCAUCUCAUGAGUCCACUUGAGGCCAUAGAUCCAGUUAUGGAAUCACCGCUCUCCCAUCCGCUGCUCAAGCAACGCGCCAUUGCCUCGGAGCUCUUAACGGAGGUGCAGCAGGCGAACACAGCCGUCGGCGGCAUGAUACUAGCCAAUAUGGAGAAAAGCUCUGAAUUUCCUUUUAUUUCGUAUUAUCUGAUCAACACGAUGCAAACGGAUCCAUCGAAUUUCUAUUCCAACCUGCGCGUCUCAUCGCUCUCCAAAUUCGAGCCAAAAGCACUCAAAUACACUGCCGCCCACACGCUGGACCUGUACAGCGAGGUGGCUGCCAUUUGCCGCCCCCCGCUGGUGCUGCCCUCCAACGAAGCCGGCAGCUUCAAGAAGUCCCAGACAGCGGCCACCGGCUACAUAAUCAGCGUGUUCAAGGUUUUCGAGGGCGACGAUGGCGAGCGCUUCGAAAAAAAUUGGCUAUAUUGGACGGGUGCACGAAUGCUCUAUAGAUAUUUACCACGCGCUGCAGGCCUCCGUCGCAUAGCCCUGCAUAAGAGCACCUCACAGAAGGGGGACAAAAUGUAUCUGUUGGUCUGUGAGUGUGCGGAGCUUUUGAAGGAUAUCUCAUUGGCCGCCUUUUUGAUACCGGCAAUGCGUGCCCGUCUGUGUGGCUAUACAGGACUCUAUCGACCAAUACAGACUUUCUAGAGCAAAUACUACUAUUUUUCUACGCUGUAAAUAGAGAUGGGUAGAAAACUGAAAACUAAAAGGCAAAUGUUAAGUGAUUCAAUUUUUAACUAAAUAUUAACGGGAUAUGUGAACCCAAGACAAGCAACUUUUAAAUUCUAAUAGGCACACGCACACACAAUCACACACACAAUCACACACACACGUACAGGCGAUAUCAUUAGCAAGUAGACAAUAUACUCAAGGUAACUCAUAUCGUAUAUAUGUUAACUUUUCUAUAUAUAUAGACGCAACACAAAUAGGACCAUAUCUAGUGUGAACAAAAUGUUAAAUACAACUUCCAUUUUUUAGCCAGUGCAUAUAGAUUUUCGAUUCUAAUUAAGUAUACUAUAUAAAUAUAUAUUUAGCCAAGUUACGCUGAAUUUUAAUUAUAUAAUAACUGAAAAAAUCUUUGCGCUGAAAUGUAGGCUAUGAAAUUACAAGUCAAUUCUUAAUUCAUUAGUGUUGAUUAGUUUGUAUACCAAUAGAUAUAUACAUAUAUAUUAUACAUUUAUAUAUUAUGCUCUUAUAUAUAGUGUAUCGAAAUCACAUUUUAAUGGGUUUCAACAACUAAUCAAAAAGUGCUACAUGAAAAUGUGAAAACAUUGCCCAAAUCUAACAAAAAUCUGCCAACAAAAUGAUGAAAAUAAAUACAAAAAAAAAAGAAUUGAAAACGAAUAUUAAAGCCAGCUCAAAACAUAUUUCAAAUCAAGCCAAAUAAGAACUUUUUAAAAUAAUCAUUUUAUUCGAUAAUUUAAAUAAAUUGCUUAGCUGCAGCUGAACAUAAAAUAUAAUAUAAAUAAUGAUAACAAUAAAAAUAAAAAACAAUAAGUAGCUUAGAUCUUAUGCAUAAGUUAGGAGCUGUAAAUACUUGAGUUUGAAACAUAUUUAAUUCUGUUUGGCAUAUAUCUAAUUUUGCACAAUAAUAACAAAAAGGAAAUAAAAAUCAAAAAGUGCUGUGAUAAUUAAUCAGAAAUUUAAUGUAAUAAUAUGAAUUCGAGUGCAUUCGAAUUGCAGCAGGUUCAUAAAUAAUAAUAUCAACAAUUAUUUGUAUGAGUUUUAUUGUAUUUUACUUUAGUUAAACACUAAGUUUUCUUUUGUUAAGGAACUUCGAUUUUUAUUUUGAAUACCAUUUGAAUUUCUAACUGAUUUAUUUAUAAGCCUUUAGCUUCUUUUCGAACUAAUCGCUUAAUUCUUGGAAAAGCUUGGCAAAGUGCCUAACAAAAAAGUAAAAGUUUUUUUUCUUAAACAUGCUUGUUUUUCAGAUUUGCAAACAAUUUAUAUAAUCUAACUGCACUCUUUCAAAAAGUUGCUAUAUUUAACAUUUUCUCUCUUCAAGCAUAUCUCAACAAUUUAAUCAAAAAGUCUCUCAAACAUUUUCACAGUACCUUGCUAAAUUAAAAAAGAAAAAUUAAUUAUUAAUUAAACAAACCUGUUUGUUUGCCAAGACUUUCGAAUAACUAACAAAUUAUUUGCUAUUUGUUGAAACGUUACAGCAAUUUAAGAGUAUUUCUUAUAAAAGAAUGGGACUUUAAAAUAA